AUGACUAUUCUCCGCGUUGGCAUAAUCGGCUGCGGCGAGAUCACCCAAGUAGCCCACAUCCCCACACUAGGCUUCCUGUCCGACAAAUUCAAAGUAACAUACCUCUGCGAUGUCUCCGACGGCGCCCUCGCGCACUGCGCAAGCAAAGUAACCGGCGAAAAGCCACACACAACCCGCUCCGCAGAAACCCUCUGCUCCGCCCCAGAAGUUGACAUCGUCAUGAUAGCCAACAGCGACGCCUUCCACGUCCCGCACGCCCUGCUGGCCCUGCACCACGGCAAAACCGUCUUCAUCGAGAAGCCAAUGGCUCUCUCCCUCAAAGACGCGGAUAGUAUCAUCGCCCUGGAAAAGGAUUCGCCAGGCAAAGUGAUGGUUGGCUAUAUGCGGCGGUAUGCAAGUGCGUUCAUUGACGCCGUUAAGGAAAUCGGAUCCCUGGACCAGGUGCAGUAUGCGCGUGUGAGAGAUAUCGUCGGGCCGAAUUCGGAUUUUGUUGGGCAGUCCGGGACUUUCCCGAAGGUGUUUUCGGAUUUUAGAGCUGAGGAUUCUAGCGAGUUGGCUGCUAAGACUAGGGAGUUUUUGGAGCAGGGGUUGAGUGCUGAGCUUGGGAUUGAGGUUUCCGAGGAUACGGCGAAUCAGUGGAGGAACUUGGGCAGUUUGGGGUCUCAUGAUCUUAGUGCUAUGCGGGAGGCGCUGGGAAUGCCAUGUGGUGUUCUUGGUGCGUCUUUGUGUACUGCGAAGGGGCCGCAGUUCUGGAGUGCGCUGUUUCAGUAUCCCUCUUUUGCUGUCUCUUAUGAGUCUGGAAUUGAUGAGGUUCCUCGCUUUGAUGCCUCGAUCGAGGUCUUUGGAGGCCGGAAGACUGUCAAGGUUUGCUUUGAUUCGCCUUAUGUCAAGGGUCUGCCGACUACUAUGCAUAUUCGAGAGAAAUUGGAGGAUGGAUCUUUCCGGGAGUCUAUGAUCCGGAAGACCUAUGAGGAUGCUUACACUUUGGAAAUGAAGGAGUUAUAUGCUUUUGUUGUUGAUGGUAAGCCGGCGAAAACUACCUCGGAGGAUGCGAAGAAGGAUAUUGAGAUCUUUGGUAUGAUCAUGAAGGCUGGUCUGGAGGGACAGGCUCGAUUCAGCAAGAAUUAG